UGUAUGAAGGACCCUUAUAUGUUUUUAACUGUUAUUGUACCUUGCCCCAAAAACCCAAAAUAGAAGUUAGAUGUAUACUUGCUACCAUUAAUUACAGAGUUAAAACAUUUGUGGAAUGUUGGAGUACAAACAUAUGAUGUGUCCAAGAAACAAAAUUUUUAGAUGAGAGCUACACUCAUGUGGACCAUUAGUGACUUUGCCAGCUUUUGCAAUGUUAUCAGGAUGGAGUACAGCAGGCAAAAAAGCUUGUCCAUAUUGUAUGGAUAAAUCAAAGUCUUUUAGCCAUGUUAAUGGUGGUAAAGUUUCAUGGUUUGAUUGUGAUCGACAAUUCCUACCAACACAUCAUCCUUUCACAAGAAACAUAAAUGAUUUCCUAAAGAACAAGAUUGAAGAGUCACCACCUCCAUCUAUUUUUUCUGGGCAUCAAAUUUUGAAACAAAUCAAAAACUUAAAGUUGAAGAAAAUAACGGAAGUUAGCGCUGAAUAGUGGAAUGCUCCUCUUUGUAAGUCAAGUGGAUGGCACAAGCGUAGCAUAUUUUGGGAUUUGCCUUAUUGGAGUACUAAUCUCAUCCGUCAUAAUCUUGAUGUCAUGCAUAUUGAAAAAAAUGUUUUUGAAAAUGUGUUUGACACAGUGAUGGAUGUGGAAGGCAAAAUCAAAGAUAAUGCAAAAGCAAGAGAGGAUGUGAAAAUAUAUUGCAAGCGUAAAGAAUUGGAGAAAAAUGAAGCGACCGGGAAAUAUCCAAAAGCUUGCUAUAGCUUAAGUAAGGAAGAAAAAAAAGUUGUUUGUGAAUGGGUAAGUCAACUUCGGUUUCCGGAUGGGUAUGUUACAAAUAUGGCAAGGUGUGUUGAUAUGUGCAAGUAUAAAAUGUAUGGAAUGAAAAGCCAUGAUUGCCAUGUAUUAAUGCAAAGGUUAAUCCCUAUAGCCUUUCGUGAAUUAUUACCAUUGUCGGUAUGGAAAGCUUUGAUAGAGCUAAGCUUAUUUUUCAAAGAUCUUACUUGUUUGACGAUUAGAGUGGAAGACAUGAAUAUGCUUAUCGAAGAAAAUUCCUGUAAUAUUGUGCAAGUUGUAGCGUAUAUUCCCUCCGGGUUUCUUUGACUCAAUGGAACAUCUUCCAAUUCACUUACCAUAUGAAGCAAAGAUAGCAGGGCCAGUGCAAUAUCAUUGGAUGUACCCAUUUGAGAGAUAUGGCUAGAGGUAAAGAAAGGACUAGAUUAAGAAGUGGAAGGAGUGAAGGCCGCACUUCUCAUGCUCAUUCAAACAUUGAAGGAUCAAACAAUACUGAUAGUGUACCAUUUUCAGAUGCCAAUAUUCCAAGUGUUGAGGAAACAGUGCAUGGUAUUGGAUCUCAACAACCCAAUCAAAAUGUUGUAGCUGUUAGUGAUACUCAAGCAAAUUAUGGUAGCAUACAAGAUGCUUCAACCAUUGUUGGGAGAUUACGUGUCACAGUUGUGAAUGGAUUGUUAGAGCCAUCUAGCAAAUGUGCAAGGAUAAUCACAAAAAAGUUUAAGGAAAAAGUUGACUUUGAAGGAUACACAUGGAAGACAGUGUCACAACCUAUAAGAGACUUUUAUUUUAAAGAAUUUUGGAAGCACUUUAUUUAGGAUUCCUCAUUAGAGGCACAAGUAAAGGAAGCUUGUGUUUUGAAAGCCUCACAACAAUAUAGUGAUUUUUUGAGAGAUAUAAGGGAUGCAACAACAAAACUGGAGUAUCUAAGUGAGGAGGAGUACAAGCAUUGGAAAGCUAUCUGGGAUAAACCUACAUUUAAGAAGAAACAAGAGAUAAAUUCUAAAAAUCGACAUAGUAUUGCUGGGCCAUCAUGCCAUAUAGGAGGGUCAAUAUCUAAUGUUGAGCAUGGGAAGAAGCUUGUAAGUAUAAAUAUAAGAUUUUAAAUGUAUUGAAAUGUGUUUAUUUUAUUUUAUUUUGCAAAUUCAUGUAUUACAUGUUGCUAAGAAAUUUUAAUAUUUCUUAUUGCUAUAUGAAUCUAAAUUGGUUCAAAAAGCCACUCCACAUGAGCUUUUUUUUGCAUACUCAUACUAAAAAACAUGAUGGGUAAACUUUUGUAGAUCUCAAGUCAAAGACAAUCAAUGUAAGCAUUUCUAAGACCAAUGACAUUUUAAUGCAAGUUGUUAAUUUUUUUCUUCUAAAUUUGUACUAUUAACAUUUGUUUUCAAUGCAGGAUAAGAUGUUGACCUUGAAACAACAUGCAAUUUCUAUAGAAUCCGCAUCAACAAACUCAGGACCUACUCCAGUAGAUGAAUUAGCUCUUUAUAUUGAAGCUUUUGGUGGAGAGAAGAAAAGAAGAGUCUAUGGUCUUUUUUCUCAAGCAUCUUCCUAUUAUGGAUGCUCUAAUUCAAAUGGCAAUAACUCACCUGCAACAUCUACUAUGCAAAAUAAUGAAGAUUUACAAAAUGAGUUAGCAUCUGUCCGUAAUCAAUUACAAAUCCAAGAAGAGUAGCAUCAACAAGAGCAUCAAGAAACUCAACAAAAGGUUCAACAAACUCAACAAGAGGUAGCUGAAAUGAGGAGGAUGCUACAAUUACUUAUAUCUCAAAAUCAAGCACCUUCUCAAAUAAAUCAAUCAGGUCAUGAUGAAGAUGUUGAUCAUACUCCACCAAAUUAGUAGUUAAUGUUCUUAUCUUGUGACAUAUUUUUCGUAUUUGUUGCUUGUUUGUGAUACUUUUGAGUUUUAGUACUUGCCACUUAUAUUAGCUAUAUGUGUUUGCACUUAUUUUGAAUAUGAAUUGUGUUGUUUUUGAA